UCAGAAUCAAGUUGGAUUGCACUUCAUCACUGGAAAAAUGGAUGUAGAGAAUGGUGAAUCUCCAAUUAGUUCAUACCCAUUGAGUAAGGAAAAGGGUGGAUUCAAGGCAUGCAUGUUUGUAUUAGUUUUGACGACUCUGGAGAACAUUGGAUUCGUGGCGAAUAUGUCAUCAUUGGUUCUCUACUUUCACUUGGUGAUGCAAUUUGAUCUGUCCACUUCUGCAAAUACCCUCACAAUUUUCCUGGGAUCAACUUUCUUGCUCACAAUCUUGGGAGGUUUAAUAUCAGAUACUUACUUGAACAGACUCUACACAUGCGUAUUGUUUAGCAUCUUGGAAGUUCUGGGACUGCUCUUGCUUUACAUCCAAGCAAAGUCACAUAAGUUGCAGCCUGACCCCUGUGGCAAAUCAAGCUGUGUCAAAGGCAGUGAAGCUGUCAUGUUCUACUGCACCAUAUUCCUUUUGGCACUAGGUGCUGGUGGAGUUAAAGGAUCGGUUGCAGCACUUGGUGCUGACCAAUUUGAUCAGAAAGAUCCAAAGGAAGCAAAGGCACUUGCAAGUUUUUUCAACUCCUACCAGUUCAGUAUAACCGUUGGAUCCAUAAUAGGAGUUACUAUUGUGGUUUGGAUAGCUAUGAACAGAGGUUGGCACUGGGGAUUUUUGAUAUCUCUAAUCGCAACUUCUAUAGGAGUGGUAAUUCUUGCACUUGGAAAACCUUUCUACCGCAUCCAAGCACAAGGCGCCAGCCCUCUGGUUAAGAUAUCUCAGGUUAUUGUCGCUGCAAUUAGAAACAGAAAUGUACCCCUGCCACAAGAUGCCAAUGAAUUAUAUGAGAUUGAAGAUAACGAUGCAAUCUCGCAUACUAGCCAAUUCAGAUUGCUAGACAAAGCUGCCAGUGUUCGACGAGGGAUGGAUCCGGUGCCAUGGACAGUCUGCACGGUAACACAAGUAGAAGAAGUCAAGAUACUCAUCAGGAUGCUCCCAAUAAUUGCUAGCACCAUUAUAAUGAAUACAUGCAUGGCACAGAUGCAGACAUAUUCAGUUCUUCAAGGAUACAUCAUGAAUACACAUUUAGGAUCUUUCAAGAUUCCAUCAGCUUCAAUUCCAGUGAUUCCCCUGAUUUUCAUGUCUAUUCUGUUACCAAUCUACGAGUUUUUCUUUGUCCCACUAGCUCGAAAAAUCACUGGUCAUCCAACAGGUAUCACUCAGCUUCAGCGCGUAGGCAUCGGUCUUGUACUCUCUGUCAUCUCAAUGAGUAUAGCCGGAGUUGUUGAGGUCAAAAGAAGACAUAAAGCACUAGAGGAUCCAUUACAUCCUAUAAGUCUUUUCUGGCUUUCUUUCCAAUAUGGAGUCUUUGGCGUUGCGGACAUGUUUACAGUGAUAGGACUUAUAGAGUUCUUCUACAGAGAAGCUCCCAAGUGGAUGAGAUCUCUCUCCACUUCUUUUGCACUUUUAUCACUCUCUUUUGGAUACUUCUUAAGUACUGCCUUUGUCAACCUCGUGAAUGCUGUAACCAAGAAGGUCACUCCAAGCAAACGAGGAUGGUUAGAGGCACCAGAUUUGAACCACAAUAAGUUGGAGCUUUUCUACUGGUUCUUAGCCAUCCUAAGUUUGCUCAAUUUUUUUAACUAUCUCUUUUGGGCUUCAUGGUACAAGUACAAGACAGAUGCAAAUGAUGAAGAAACACAAAGCAAGGCUGUGAAAGGAACAUCUGCAGUUGCUGCUGAAAAUUAAAUUGGGCAUGAAUUUCUACUUCCAGUACACUCAGCAGGAUUGAGCUGCGAUUGCAUUCAUUCAUCGAUCAAGGCUAUAGAUAUUUUCCCCUUUCUUGUCCUCUUCUCAUUUAGGAUUAUUUGCAUUAUGUGCUACACAAAAUUGUGCAGAAUAGCAUUAUUUGCUAGUCAUUUGUUUGCAGCUGUAACUUUUUAUUCUGUAAGUUUUGCGAUGAGAGUGAAAGUUGUAAUUGAUGAUAAGAAGGAUAAUAUACUCUUUCAUGUACUCAGCAACUCUGAUUAAUAGGUUCA